AAAUGAUUUUGGGAUUUUGACAGCCAUUUAUUAACCCUAGUAUUUGAAUUCCAAAAGCACGACAAUCGAACGAAUUUUGCAGCAGACAACAUAAAGAAACUUCUUUUCUUCAUUGAUGUUCCUUUAAGUUCUGGCGGCUCAUCAUUCAUCUAGGAGGUUAUCCAUUUUACUUCGUCUUCUCCAAGGCUUCGAUAAUGGCUUCUGAGAUGCCAUCAACUUCGACCCCCUUAAAUCUGCCAUCGCGUUUAAUCUGCCGUGUGUGUGAAAAGCAAUUUUCAAAAUAUACGUGUCCACGAUGCAACGCUCAUUAUUGCUCUCUUGGAUGUUACAAGUCUCAUAGUGUAGGCUGCACAGAAUCUUUCAUGAGAGAAAAUGUAGUGCAGGAGCUACGACAAUUACAAACUGACGACGAAUCUAAGCAGAAAAUGCUCGAUAUACUCAAACGUGUACAUGGAGAGGAGGAAGACGAUGACGAGGAAGACUAUAACAUGGAUGAAGAUGAUUCGACAUUAUCGGAGGAGACAAUACAAUCUAUUCAAUCUGGACGUCAGGUUGAUUUUGAUGAUUUAUCAUCAAAAGAAAAGAAAUAUUUCCUAAAAGCUUUAUCUUCUGGAGAGCUCAGUAAGUUGAUUCAACCAUGGGAGCCUUGGUGGCUCAAGCCUUCCGCCAGAACAAUCUCUCUCAAUAGUGAAGGAAUGCCGCUAAUCCAACCACUUCCUGAUCAGAACAAUCACUCGCUCGACAUUCCCGUGGGACCCACAAGCCCAUUAAAACCCAUCAGUAAGCUCAUAUCGUCAAAGCCAUCACCACUGUUAGCUGUUCACCUUGUAGACGUGAUAUACAGUUACUGUUUUACCCUUCGUCUCUAUAACGGUGAUUGGCAGUCAGAUCCAUUAGGUUCUUCCAUGGUUGUCUUAAACAUAUCAUCUGUGUUAGAUCAACGAGCUCAGCCAGAGACUGUUAGGGAAGCUUUAUCUAGUUGCUUGGAAAAAACUUGCUCUCCUGCUUUCAGGCAUGUUGGCGGUUUGAAUUUCGGACUGGGACUUGUCGAUGAUGUUGUACAUUUGCUUUCUCUUGGCAGUAAUGGUUUGAUCUGCAUGCUUUGUGAUCUGGAGAGGUUAUUAAGGGCAGGUUUAAAGUUAGAAAAGCAACAGAAGUCGAAUAAGCUUAAGCUAGCAGUGAAGAAGGUGUACUUCAUUAUGUGUUGGGUACAUGAACAGUCUGCAGAAGCUUGGUCUUCUUUAGCUGCAAUGGUGGGUGUAGAGAAGGCUUCUGCAUCAGAGUUCAUUGAUGGAGGGGGAUCUUUGAAGGUUUCAGAGAUGAAAAAGACUAGUAGAGCUGUGAUUGAGGAGUUGCAAUGAUCGGUUUAAUGUUGAUGAUCACAUAAUGACAGUUUCUCUAUCAGAUACCAGAUCAAAUUCAAAUAUCAAAGUCUUGUGUAUCUGGAUCUAUAGAUCUAAACAUGAUUGAUAUGAAAAAUGUGGUAUUGUAAAUUAGAAUUGGUGAUUUCCAGAUAGAUUGAAAUCAAUUUAGCCCUAAAGGCUGUUAUUUCUGA